AUGGGGGACCGACUCACGCAGCUGCAAGAUGCAGUUGACCAGUUUGCUCAGCAGCUCGUUGCUGCUCUGCACUUCGUCCACGCCCACCACGACCUCCAGACGCUAGGCCCGAAAGACAAGAUCCGCGAGCCCAAGGAGCAAGCUCCAAGAGAAGUGGACGCACUGCCUCCCCAAGACUUUCGGGCCGGCAUGGUCGAGCUGUCGCGCGACUUGAUUGUCAAAGAACAGCAAAUCGAAGUCCUCAUCUCUACACUGCCCGGACUCGACAACAGUCAACAAGAUCAGGAGCGGCAUAUCAAGGACCUCGAGGAGGACCUGAAGACGGCCAAGACUCAGCGCGUGGAAGCGCUGAAGGAGAGGGACAACAUACUGACCGAGCUUGACGCAAUCAUCCGCACCUUGCGACGGCCGUGA